UCCAAAGCUCUUUUCUUCUGUAUCAGUCUAAAAUUACAAAAACAGUAUUGCCUUUUAGCUUACUUCUUAAAAAGCAGAAACAAGUCUCAUUACCUACAACAACUGUUACCCAUUUUUAUAUCAAACUGUGUCAGGUUAUGGAAACAAAGAGAGUCAUGAUGAGCUCAGAGAGAUCAAAGCAGAAGAAGAGAUCAAUAUGUAGAAGAUUGGGGAAGUAUAUGAAAGAACAAAAGGGGAGGAUUUAUAUCAUCAGAAGAUGUGUGGUCAUGCUCCUUUGCUGGCAUGAUUGAUGAUCCAAAAUAAAAGUUUUUCUAACCGUGCCAGGUUCAAAUGUAUGUAUGCACGUACCACGCGUUGAGUAUGUUUGCAUGUGGUUACUAAAUGAGGGAAGAGUGGUGUUAGAGGUAGGGUGAAAACCGGUUUGCUUGGUUUAAUUUUGUGAGUUCUACCGAAUUGUAUAUAUA